GGAGAGCUAGGGCUGCUGCUGCUGCUCCCGAAGGAAGAAGCCAGGAGGCUGCCCUUUCUUCACUGCAGAAUCCUUUGGCAGACUACAAAUCCCAGGGUCCCCCGGGGCCCAGCCGCAUCGCCUCCUGCUGCAGCCCAGGCUCCAGCCGCCGGAGCCAGCCCCGCUCAGGUGCUUCUUGCAAGUGGCAGCAGCCGGGGGUCCCUGAAGCGGAGGCCAAUGUGGCCCUGGCCGCUCUUCCUGCUCUGCUUGCCCCUCCGUGCCCACCACUCCCUGGCACCCUCUGAAAAUGCAUCCAGCCCUGGACCCCAGAGCCCUGGCGCUUCCAAGGCAGCCCCUCCGGUGACCCCCACCCUUCCUCAGGCCACGUCCAGCGAUGCCCCGGCCCUGUCACUCAACCUGGGGCUCAACUUCAAGAUCAAGGUGCGCAGCCAAGGUAAGGGUCGGCCGGGGGAGGGAAGCGGGGCGGCCAGCGCCAGGCCAGGGCCGCCUCCCACCCGGGCAGCAGCCUCCGGCCACCCCAAGGCACCGUCCGGCCGCUUCUGGCCAGAGGCUCUGGCUGGCUCUGGGUGGCCGGGUCCCGGAGCAGCUGAGGAUCCCCCUUCCUCAGGCCCCGGCGCCUGGCCCUGGGAGGCCUCUCUGGGCUCUGGCCCCACUGCCCGCGCCCCCCUCUCCCUCUGGCCGAGGCUGGUGGACAAGGGUCUGGAUGAGGAGGACAACGAGAACGGCCGGGGCAAAGAGCUGGAGUUCAAGAUUGACAUUGACCUGACAGCUGGACUGGGCAAGGAAGGGGGUCCCAAUGGCAGCAGCAGCAGCAAUGGUGGCACCAGCAGGAGGUACCCGCUACUCCCCAGGCUCAGCGUGGGCAUUUCGGAGAUCGCCAGCAAGCUAGGGGCUCCUGGUUUCUUUGGAGCCACACUGCCCCCCAAGAUGUGGGAACCCCCCGAGUGGAACGGCACCGAGGAGCCCCCCACAACCUCAGGGUCUGAGUCCAGCAGCCUGGCUGCCUCCCUGGGGGACGAAGGGUCUUUUGCAGCCCUCCCCGGCUGCCUGCCUGACCAUCCUGAGGACUGUGGCUCCCCGCUGCCCGAGCCUGGUCCACCCGCGCUCUCCUCACUCCUCCCGCCAGCUGUCCCACUCUUUGUGCCGCUGCAUUCAGACUGGAACUCAGCCCAGGCAGAAUGGGGCCUGGCAUGGGAGGCCCACAUCUAUGGAGCCGGCUCCCUCUUUUCUCUGUUGGCCCUGCUCUCGCUGCUGGGCCUGCUGGCCUUGCCAUGCCGCUGCCCGGCCAGCUGCAAGCUCCUGGCCUUGCUCCACUUGCUCCUGGCCAGCGCUGGUGGGGCCCGGGCCUUCCUCCUCUUUGGUGACGCCUGGGGCCAGCUGGAGCUCUUACCAGACUUUGCUGUGCGGCUGCUGCAUGACCUGGCCCUCCCCUGUCUGACCUCAGCCCUGGCUGUGGCCUUCCUCCUGCUGGCCCUCCGCUCCCAGGCCAAGGGCUCCACACGCGCCGCUGGACUCCGGCACCCGUGCCUGCUGGCCCUCCUGGUGCUGCUCCACUUCUCAGUGGCCACAGGGGCUGCCUUGGCGGCUGACCUGCUGAACCAGCUGCCUUUCCUGCUCCUGGCAUCCCGCGGCCUCUAUGCCCUCCUCUCUGCCAUCCUCUCCUCCUCUUUGCUCGUCUUCUACUGCCUGGCCCGAGUGGACGCCGCCGGUCAAGUCUAUGACCUCAAGGCCACUGCCACCCCCACUUGCCGCUGCCCGUUUGGUGACACCCGGAGGUGGAGACGGGCAGCCCGGGCAGCCCUGCCAGCCGCCUGCUUUGGGCUGCUGAGUGCCGGCCUGCACACCUACGCCCUCCUGCAUGCCCUGGGCUACGGCCUGAGUCCUGAGCUCUUUGGCCCCUGGCCCUGGUGGGCCCUCCAGCUGGCCUGCAGGCUCUGUGAGGCCGGGAUGGGGCUGCCCCUGGCAUGCCUGGGCCUCUGCCCGCUCUUCUGCUCGCCCUCCGAGCCCUGGUGCCGUUGUUGCGGGGGAUUCCUCAGUUUGACUCCAGAGCAUGGCGGGGCUACCACUGCCAAGGCCCAGCUUCUGCCCAACAACUUCCAGUGGGCCCUCUCCCAGCACAGCGAGAAGCUGGUCAUCUGUGACACCAUCGCCCGCAGUGAGUCUGACUACCUCCCGCUGUACGCCAUCCCCGAAGCGGAAGUCUGGUCUGCUACAGAUGGUGCCGUCCUGGAUGCCAAUGACCCCACAGCUGACUUCCGCCCGCCCUCGCCCAUCGACCUCCGGCGCAGCAUCGAUGAGGCCUUGUGCAGCGAGGGGCUCUUCCAAGAGGGGGGUCCCCUCUACACCCCCAGCACUUUCUCCUCCCUCAGCCUGGCCAGGGAGCCCUCGGUGGGGAGCAGCCUCUCUCGGGCGGCCUCCUGCGUGGAGCUGGUCCCUGUCCUAAACCGGGCAACCGAUGAGGGGGAGGCCUCCCUGGAGACCAGCGUCCCCAACACCACCCUCUCCUCCCCAGGGCCCUGGAGGGCUGGCAGUACCCCCACCACCGCCACCAGCAGCGCCACCUGCUCCCCGUGCAAACGCUCCACAGAGGACUCCUCUUUGGCACUCUGCUCCAGCCCUGGACGAAGCAGUGCCUCUGGUGUGCCCACCCUCUCCGAGAGUCCCCCGCGCUCACCUCCACCCCCGGGCCGCCAGUACUGGGUGCUGACGCCCGUCUCCCAGGAGUCCCUGGCCUCUGUGGGGCAGCCGGGGAUGGACACGGUCCUGCUGCAGAAGGAGUUCAUGGACGUGUGCCGGCAGAUCGACACGCUCAGUGUCAGCAGCGAGACCAUCGACUUGUAGCCCCUGCGGCCCCCUGGGUUUCCUCAGGACAGGGGUCCCCUUCCUCCCAACCCCCUUCCAGGCAUGUGCAAUCUUGACUUCCGGAGGGGCAGGAGGUGCUCUCCCAGUCCCAUAGGGCACUGCCUGCCCCUGGGCCUCCAUCACUAGCCCAAUGAAGGGCGCUGUCCUUUUGCAGGGUUGUGGGCUUGUGCUUUUUGGUGGAUUGGUGAGGGGCGUGCCAGCAGAGAAGACCAUAGAACCACAGAGUUGGAAAGGACACCAAAGGCCAUCUAUUCUAAACCGCUGCCAAGCAGGAAGAGGCAGCUUAAGCACUCAAGACCCCCAGGUGCCUGGUCUGCCCUGAAGGAAGGCUGCCCCAGUGGGGCAAUACUAGUGCCAACACACAGAGCCCCACUCUCCCUGCCCUUUCAUUUGCCCUCCCUCCCUCGAGUCCGUUGCUAUGGUCUCUGUUGUGGUAGAAGAAAAGGGGUCAUUCCAUCCUUUCUCCAGAGCCCACCCUGCUGGCACCCCCAUCUCUGACCUUGUCUUCAGCUGGGGUUUACCUUGCAAAAAGAUUCCUCAUUUAGUAGCAAUGAAAGAGACCCUGACUGUGUUCUGUGUUGUUGAAUCCAAAGGAAAGGAAAGUGGUGUGUGGAUCCCCCCAUUCCCCAGGGCUGGGAGGGGGAAGGUGGGAGACAGGACUUUGCACCCUUAAGUUAUCAAUAAAAGGAUUAUAUGGAGA